GGGGGUUAAGUGGCCAUUCUUCACGCCGACGCCGCUGCUGUCGCUGCAAUGGGGUCCUUUCAGACGUGCGACACAUGCACAGGCGCUCCAACUACCACCACAGCCGCCGAUGACGAGGUGCAUCACAACGACAUCCCUCCUCUUCCAGUGGAGGACACAGAGUCGGGGGACGUACAAGUCCCGGCCAUGGCGGACGAUUCGUCAACUGACCUUGCCCCGACGGUGUUGCCAGCCACAACAAUCGACGAUGAUACGCUUCUCACUCCACACCCAGCGCGAUCUCCUCCUGCUGUAGACAUUUCUACCAGUGCUACGGUUGACGUGAACCAAACGCUUGCAUUGGAUCCAACCACGGCAGUCCCCACGACAACCCUCAUUGCAGCAGUUGCGUCCGCCGUGGCCACGGAGGUGGCAUCCCAGGCCAAGAAAGCCGUCGAAGCAGCCUCAUCAGACGCUGCGCUUCUCACUGGCGUAUCAGACUCGUCAUCCCAGCUCAAGAAACCAUUUUCGCUCACAUGGGUGAUGUACGACGUGGACGACCCACUGGGCCAGCUCUUGGCGCUUGUGACCCUCUCUCCAGUCUUCAUCAUGGUCAUGUAUGCCACGUUGCUCGUGUUCCAGCGAGACUUGCACAUCGCGUUCCUCUUGCUCGGCCAACUUCUCAACGAAGUGUUCAACCAAAUCCUCAAGCGAACGAUCGACCAAAAGCGGCCGGAUGGCGCCGACAUGGAGGAUGCCGGUAUGCCAUCCGCCCACUGCCAGUUCAUGGCGUUCUUCGCCACGUAUGUAGUCUUGUACACGUCCAACCGCAUGAGCAAGCGGCGCGAGUGGGAGCACAAAGUGGCCAUCGUGGGCGUCGUCGCACUGGCCUUGCUCGUGUUUGUGUCUCGCAUUCGAUUGGGGUACCACAGCGUGGCGCAAGUGGUGGUGGGCGCGACCGUUGGGACUGGCACGGGUAUCUUGUGGUACAUCUUUAUGGAAAAUGUACGUCCUUCACAAGACUAGUACUCUACUAGUACUACUACAUCAUGAAUCCUGCGAUGUGGUUUAUUGGUGGAAUGGGUACGUAGCUGGCGGUGCCUCUGUUUCCGUGGAUAGCAUCGUGGGAAGUGUGCCAGCGAUUGUACAUUCGAGACUGCUCGCACAUACCAGACCUGGUCGAGUUUCAUUACAAGAUGACCAUCCUCCGCGUCACAUCGACUGAGCCGCUAUCGUCUUCUACUUCGUCCCGCAACACCAAGUACCGCGGCAUGUAGCUAACCAACACUCAGUUGCAACUGCUGGCCCGUGUACACGUGUGUGAGCUGCACAGUAGUAGUCGUGUCUGCGGACUUGGGUUGAUUCAAUGGUUGGUGGGUGAUCGCAGCGACACCAGACGGUUCUAUGGCCAUCUAAUAGGCAAUACAGUAGUACAGUACAAGUCGUCACCGUAUGUCCUUACCUGGUUUUGGCGAAACACAAUCUGGUGGGGAAUCGCUCGACUGAGUCGAUGGCGGAUGUCCAGAUCAUCGAGG